UCUGUGUAUGACGCCAACCUCUCUAGGCAUACCUUACCUGAGUGACGCGUUUACGUGUUUCAGUUUUGUUCUGCUUGUGCCUCGCUUGCACCCAGUUAUUGUCCCACCACUGAAAUCAGUGAUUCACGUGAGUGCCUUAAAAUAUAUCACAACGAGCCAAAUAAACGUGGAAAACAGUGAUAAAUUCUUCGUUUACCCUGAUUGCUCUAAACAUAUUUGGAAAAAUACCGUUUGUGCCUCGACAAUAAAAUAGGAAUUUAUUAUUUCCAUCAACAACGAAGUGUCUACGAGGGAACAAUGCCCUGGAGAAAUGUUGGAAUGACGAGAUGAUUGCUCAGUUGGCGGUGAUGGCCGCUGGUGGUGGUAUAGGUGGGGGCGGAAGUGGCAGUAACACCGGUGGUAGUCGUGUCAGUCGUGCGGGCGGUCUCACUCUUCACAGAUCAAAUUCCAGCCUCGAAUUGCCCCACAGUCCAGAGCGUACGGGACGGGCUGUUGAUGCUCAACCACUAAGACGCGAAUAUGGUUCUCACGGAAGUAUCGAUGUUGUUGGAGGUCCAUGCAAUCCAGCAACCGGGGGAGAUAAUUUAUUUGCAAUGCUCCAAGACUUCCGAAGCGGACGAACAUCAGCAGACCGCCUUUACGGCCAUCAUCACAGCGACAACCCAACAGGAGUGGUCUCUACUGACGAGGUUUGUGGCCCCACAUCGUCUUCCAGUCCAAAGUUACGUCUGAAGUUGAAUAGACUCUGGGGUGGAAAGGAGAGUGUCUCCAGCGGAAUGUCUUCCCUCGCUUCACCCACUGGGAGUAGCACUAUUUCAACAGUCGUUCCAGGAGACCUGGAGGAACGGCAUCGGAGAAGGGCAUUUCUUCACUACGACUGUCAGUCCCUCACAGCAAAUCUAGGAUAUGCAGCUAAACUUCGAGGAAUAUUGCUCGCUAGGAGAAGAAACACAGCCACUGGGGCAUCGGCAGCGAGCACGAUACGAGCUCCAACUCCAGACGAGGGGCCAGACUGCAGCUCUGCAUCAGGUACUGACAGCCAAGACGAUCCGGGAGACGGCAAGAGUAAUGAUUUGUUAGAAUCCUGUCCCUUCUUCAGAAACGAAAUUGGUGGUGAGGGCGAACGAGAAGUGGCUCUUGGACGCUCCCCACUGUCAUCUCCAGGAGGUCACAGGCCCUCUCUAGCCUAUGGAGUUUCAGUUCUGGAGCCCCUUCCCGGAGAGACCCUCUGGAAACACACUUGCCCCCUCAGAAAACGUCUUCUCCCUAUCGAGAGCGUCGACGAAGGUGCUCGCUAUUACCGAAAGUAUUUCCAAGGCAAAGACCACCAGAACUGGUUUGGUAUGGACGACCAACUGGGCCCAGUUGCUAUCAGCAUACGCAGAGACGGCAAUCACUACAGAAUAAUCGUCCGCACUUCCGAGCUCCUAACCCUUCGCGGCUCAAUCCCAGAGGAAGCCCUUUGCCUGCGUAAUAACCAAACAAGUAGAAUACCCACACGUGAGAUAAUGGAGCUCGUCGCACCGGAAGUCCAACUGGGGUGUCUCAAGCUGGGAACUCAGUCUGCUGAGGAAACCCUAGCUAGGCUUGAUGAACAAGGGCUCUCGAAUCGUUAUAAAGUGGGGGUACUCUAUUGCCGGGCCGGUCAACGAACGGAAGAGGAAAUGUAUAACAAUCAGCACUCGGGUCCCGCAUUCCUUGAAUUUUUGGAGACAAUUGGACAGAGGGUGAGGUUAAAAGGUUUCGAGGGCUACAAGGCUGGACUGGACACGAGGACUGACUCCACGGGAACUCACACCGUUGCUGCUACUCAUCGAGGUGCUCAAGUGACUCUUCACGUCGCAACACUCCUUCCAUUUACCCCCAAUAACCGACAACAAUUACUGAGAAAACGUCACAUUGGUAAUGACAUUGUAACAAUUGUCUUUCAAGAACCUGGUGCUCUUCCCUUCAGUCCAAAGCGCAUCAGAUCGCAAUUUCAACAUGUUUUCAUCAUCGUUCGUGCUAUAAAUCCGUGCAGUGACAAUACUCAGUACAGUGUUGCUGUUUCACGAAGCAAAGAAGUUCCUAUUUUCGGACCUCCGGUGCCGAAGGGUGCAAUUUUCAAUAAAGGAAAGUCUUUCGCCGACUUUAUUCUUGCCAAAGUUAUAAAUGCUGAAAAUGCAGCUCACCGAUCAGAGAAAUUCUCAACCAUGGCGACGAGAACGAGACAGGAGUAUCUGAAGGAUCUGGCUGUUAAUUAUUCGACUACAACCAUUAUUGAUACUGGACAAAAAUUUUCGAUUAUGUCAUUUAGCAGUAAGAAGAAACCAACUGUCAGACCAAGAUUGGCCUGUGAUGCUGCACAGAGGGGGGCCAUUUGUUGGCAAGUCAUUUUGGAAGAGAGUACACAGAAUACUGAUUGUUAUCUUGGAAUCAGUGUAGACACCAUCGUGCUUAUUGAGGAACACUCCAGACAGACUGUAUUCGUUUCACCCUGUGUCAAUAUCCUGGGAUGGCAUGCACAGACAAACAGCCUAAGGCUUUAUUAUCAUCAGGGCGAGUGUAUUAGCAUUCACGUGAGACCUGAUUACACCGAGAGGGAUGAGAUAAUGGAAAUCGUUGCCAGACUUCGGGCUGUGACUCAGGGGUCUCCGGCCUCUGAGCUGUCCUUGAGGAGAAAUAGUCUAGGACAAUUGGGAUUUCAUGUGCAGCCUGAUGGGGUUGUUACCCAGGUGGAGAGUAUGGGCCAGUCUUGGCAAGCUGGUCUCAGACAAGGCUCAAGACUGGUAGAGAUUUGCAAGGUGGCAGUUUCCACACUUAGCCACGAUCAAAUGGUGGAUCUUCUGAAAACCAGUGCUCAAGUCACUGUCACGGUAAUUCCACCCACUAACGAUGGGCAACCGAGAAGAGGUUGCUCUCUACAGAGCUGUGAGUAUCUGUCUGGUAACUAUGAGAGUGAUUAUGAGAAUGUCACGAAUUCUGAGAGUACCUCCAGUCAACAGAGUGCACAGCAGGCUCAACAGUAUCAGAAGAAUCACGAAAGGUCGAUGAGUCCACCGAGAUCAAGCAAUUCUUCUGGAUAUGGUACUGGCUCGAGUUCCAGAUCCUUCACCGAUCCCAGGUAUAUGCAGGAAAAUAGCACUAGUGGGCACGAUGAACGAUGGUACGAUGGUCUUUUGGAGACACAUGAGAAAGAAUUAAAUAAUCUCAAGUCUGAUGGUACUCCACCACCUCCUCUUCCCGCUAGACAGGGGCCAAAAAACUCGAAAAAUUCGAAGCAUCAGUAUCAUGAGUAUUAUUCUAAAGAAUCAAAUUACGUGUCGCCGAGAGUUUUGCAUGAAAGCAAUUACCAGAGAAUUGACGAGCUCAAUAGAAGUAAUUGGGGACAACUGUAUGGACACACACAUCAUGUCCAUCAGAAACUGACUGCUUCGGUUUCUCUUCCGUUGGCACAGAAUUCUAGUUAUAGCGUUGCCAAAACAAUAAAUCAGUUUGAAGCGGCUGAGCAUAACAAUAUUUACGAUGCUGAAGGAUCCACUAGAGUGCACAUGAGAAAUAAAAAGGAAGAUUGUGGGGGAGAUAUUAAACCUGGGGUGGAAAGACGAGUGAGUUCCUACGAAUUCGUGCAAGAUCCUGAUACUUCUGACGUUAAUCAACCUAAUCAGCAGAAUCAGUUCAAUCAGUCGACGCGCGAAGAGCGUAAUGAAUUGAACAGGGACAAUCAUGAGUUCAUAAUCGGUGAUAAAGUGACUUGCUUAAAGAGUGAAUUACCAGAGAGAGCUCUUAGUCGCAAGCUCACUCACCCUGAGUAUACGAGAAAAGACUAUGUAAUGUCAAGUCUACCAACGGAUGUCAAGAUUUACGAGGCAAAUGGCACUGAUAUUCCCAGUUCUGCGCUUCCUAGUGAGGAUGAGUUUGCUAAUAGUUGUGAAAAUCAGUCUCCGGGCCUGAAGAGAUCGAACAAACAGAGAUCUGGGGCGGGAAAUCCAAGCCCGAGGAAUCAGAGUCCCAGGCCAAAGUCACUAGUGAGAGCUCCACACAGAAAUUCAGCAAAUCUCUGUUCCAGUACUUUGCAAGAAGACCUGAUGAAGCUCAUUAAUCCAGACUACAUUGGUGAUGAUAAUUCUCAAGUGAAUAAUAAUGUUAAUGUCAAAGAAAAUGGAGUAAGCUGUAAUAACAAUGAGUCUGGAAUCUCGAGUAUUGACAAGGUGCUUGAAACCAGAGAGAAUAAUAAAAAUGAUAAUAGUAAUAAUAAAUUGGAAAUCCAGAACAGAUGUAGAUCGAGGGAAAAUCUCUGCGGAACCAGUGCAACAACAUUGAGUGUUUUAUCGAGCACCAAUCGACAGGAAAAUUCCUCUGCAUCAGAAGUUAUUUUAACAAUGGCUAGACCAGCGACUGUUAUUUCUAAUACAAGUACAAAUUCAAGUCCAGCACCGAGUGAAAAUAAACUGUCCAAGGAAGAGAGAUUGUCCCCCCGAGUUACUAAGACUCUGUUUCCAUUGAAAGUGUCGAGUGUAAGUGGAAAUGUACGAGAUAACACAGAGGAAAAUCAAUCACAUUCUAAUGAGGAAAGCGUUUAUGAGACUGGGGCUUCUCUAACGGAUUUACAGAGCCAUUUGUCGAAUCUCGAACUGAGGGUGGCGAGGGAAACGAGGAGAAGGCUCUCUUUGGAGGAGGAGGUGAGGAAAUUGAGAGAUGAGAAUAGACGACUGCAGGAUGAGAAUCAUGCUGCUGCACAGCAAUUGAGGAGAUUUACAGAGUGGUUUUUUCAGACUAUCGAUCAUCAGUAAAUUUUUUCCUUCACUUCCUUAAUUACAUAACUAAAAUAAAAACGUCAUUUUAGUUACUUUAUAAUCAAAUUAAUCGUGAGAAAUCGAAUGUUUUACUCAAAAGUAUUUUCGAUCCCCAUUUCAUGAUACAUAGGAUCCUGGAUUUUUGUUUCUGUUGAUGACGGUAAUCACGUUCUUUCUCAUCGCAACCAAACAUUUGUUUUGUUUUUUUUUUUCUUUUACAAAAGAGUAUUAAACUGUUGAUGAUUUUCAACGGCGCAAGAAAGAGAGGCUGAUUCUAAAACUAUGAAGAUAUUCAGACUCCCCAUCCACAUUACAUUCACUAUCAGUUUUAGAAUAUAGAAGGCAUAGAGAACAAAACAACGAAGAGGAAAUUUGUGCGCUAUGAACCGACCAAAUAUUUUUAGGACAUUUAAGAAGUAAUUAAUUAUAAUGAAACAUUGUUAAUUUAUACACAACAUUGACGGUAAUAAUGCUUUAUAUUCGUUUAAUAUUAAUUUGCAUUUAGAUAAUAAAACGUAUAUAUUUUUUUCAUUGAAAUCAUUGUUGCCUGAAAAUUUAUUAUUUUUCUUCGAUAAAUUUAAAUGGAGAGAAUCAAUGGACGAAAUAAAUGUACUUCAAAUAUUAGAAUAAUAAAAUAGUUUAUUAUAGUUCACAGAGGAAAAAAAUUGAAA